AAUCAGUGCAUGGAGUCUACUGUAAGUAUAUUCAUGUUGCAGCAUGCUUGCUCAAAGGCACAGAAAUAGUUUUUUUUUGUGUGUAAUUUAUGCCUUUAUUUUGUUUUAUUACGUCUAGAUUGGGAAUGCAUGUUUUAAGAUCAUCAGAGAAGCUGCUCAAAAACAUGGGAAAGAUGUUUACAUUGCUGACAUGUAUGUGGUUCCCACAUGGAAAACGAUGAAUGUGGACCCACUCUCAAGUUUACCGGUAAAGUGAAGUUAAACACACACACAGACAGACAGUUGCACAUUAAUGCAAUGAUUUCUGUACAAUGCACAGUAGUUGAAUGGUUGCAUUUUCUUUCUCUACACCAGAACAAUCUGUGUUCCAAGGAUGCGAUUUUGUUCCCUGCAUGGAGUAUGCAACAGAAUCAACUGGAUCACUAUUUGCUAUGUGUUGAGUUACAGUUUCAAAAAAUAGAUAUUCAGAUUUUUAGAAUGAAGUUUGUUGAUUAGCUUAUCAUUUUGAAAUAUGUCCAUUGCAGGUUUUACUGGUUGUGGAGAGAGAGAUCAUUUUUCUAGAUUCUGUACUCCCUGGUGGUUUUGGAGAUGACUCGUACAAAACGAUAUUUAGGUUAAGAGAGAGGAAAAAGUUGCCCUUGUUCAGUGGCUUUUACCAAUAAUAUUUUACGCAAGAGCCAUGUUCUGUGGCUGCUGAUUUACACAAAAGCCUUGUUCUAUGGCUGAUGAUUUACAAAAAGCCUUGUUCUAUGGCUGAAAAUUAACAAAAAGCCUUGUUCUAUGGCUGAUGAUUUACAAAAAGCCUUGUUCUAUGGCUGAAAAUUAACAAAAAGCCUUGUUCUAUGGCUAAUGAUUUACAAAAAGCCUUGUUCUAUGGCUGAUGAUUUACAAAAAGCCUUGUUCUAUGGCUGCUUAUUUAUAGCUUUGUUCUUUUGUUUUAUGUUUACGCAGAAGCCUUGUUCGAUGGCUGUAGGAUUAGGUCUCAUUUUAUGAAACUAGACCAUGGAGAACAAUUGUAUGACUAUAGGUUUCAGUAAGUGUGUGUCCAUAAUUAAUUUUUUUUUCCAUUUUAUGUGCAGACAUAUUGCAGGCCAGAUUGACCCAAGACCCUGGACAGAGAAGACCGGCAGAAGUUUUGAUCACUUCCCUCAACAAACUUCUGGGAACUACUGUGGCAUCCUUAUACUCAUUUAUGCCCUCUGUAUCUGCACCAAUACCCCAUUUAUCUUCACAGAGAAUGAUGUGCCAUUAAUCCGCCAGUGGUGGUGCAUCCUACUGAUGGAAAGAUUUCAGAUUGAAGGACAUGGCCAGAGGUUUGCUUUCUGGACUGACAAGGCUAGCAGGCUAUUGCAAGGGACCCUUCAGCCACUUUUUAGGGUAUCUAGGUCAAUCACUUCAGACAUUCCACCUCAUGUGCAAACCAUGGUCAACCGCACAGCCCAAGAAAAGAAGCUGGUAGACUUUGCUGUACAAGACCAUGGAGUCCGGCAACAUUUGUUGGGUGUACUCUGUGGAAAAGAGCCUUCGAAGUGGCUCAGCAGAAUCCAGAAGGGAUCAUCUCUACGGGUGCCAGUGUACCUGGACUCGGAGGAAGAACAGGACUCCCUAUUUUUCUAUCUUCAGGAUGUCCUGAAAUCUGCACCAGUAGAAUUCCACAUUGAGGAUCAAGUGCAGUUCAUUUUGGAUGUUUUGUUCCCAGAGUGCAUCACCCAAGCCAUGUCUACACUACAGGGAAUAACUAUACAAGAGGCUGAAGAGUUGUUUCUUUCAGGUCCUAACUACAGCAGAAGGUAAAAACAGUUACCUGUGUUUGAAAUAUCUGUAUGAAUGUUUAUUUAUUGUGACUACCAUUUUAAUUGGGUGGGUGGUUGCGUGUUUGUGUCGGGGUACUUUG